AUAUAUAUAGAUAUAUAUAUACAUACAUCAAAUUGUGCUUCGGGUUAUGAAAACCCCACGUUAAGGACCCAUCUUUCAUGGAUUCCUCCUCCCUCUCGGCUAAAGGGAAAUAAAUGGGCUUUUGGUGCUAAUGUGCGCUGCUUCGUCUUCUGUUAUUGAAAACAAAAACACUGUGGGCCAUCCAUGGAUUCUUCUUCCUUGGAGGCGUUGGUUUACGAUCCAUUGAGGUGCAGCAAACUGAGCAUAGAUGAGAAGAGGGACUUAGUCUACCACGUGUCGAAUUCGCCAGAUGGCGCCACGGAAAUGCUCCACGCCUGGAGCCGACACGAGAUACUGCAGAUCCUCUGCGCAGAGCUGGGAAAAGAAAGAAAGUACACCGGCUUAACAAAGUCGAAAAUUAUCGAACACCUUCUCAAAAUUGUAUACGAAAAGAAAUCCGCAAAAAACGUUUCUGAAAUGGAGACGGAAGACUGCGAAAGGAUUCCCAAAAGGCAGAGGAAAUCAGAUGCUGCCGCAACAACUAGUGCUCCUGAUAUUGACUCCGAAAAUUAUAAUAGUAAUAAUAAUUAUAAUAAUAAGACAGUGUAUUGCAAGAAUUCGGCUUGUAAGGCGAAACUGAAUCGGGGAGACUUGUUCUGCAAAAGGUGCUCGUGCUGUAUUUGCCGACAAUAUGAUGACAAUAAGGACCCUAGUCUUUGGUUAAUUUGCAAUUCGGACCCUCCGUUUGUUGGUGUUUCGUGUGGUAUGUCUUGCCACCUGGAAUGCGCCUUACGUCACGAGAAUUCUGGUAUAUUAAAGGAUAGGCAGGAUAAGGGGCUCGAUGGAAGCUUCUGUUGUGUAUCUUGUCGAAAAGUGAAUGAUUUGCUCGGGUGCUGGCAGACGGCAGUGCACGCGGACAUUGGGGCUACGAGCGAUAAUACCUGGGGAGUAGAUAUAUUGUGCUAUAGGCUCUCCUUAAGCCAAAAGAUUCUUGCGGGUACUAAACACUAUCAAAAUCUGUGUGAAGACAUUGAUGAAGCAGUUAAACUGCUCGAAGAAGAACUGGGCCCGCUAACCGGUUUGCCCGUGAAGAUGGCUAGAGGGAUAGUAAACAGGCUCUCGUCGGGCCCACAAAUUCAGAAUCUUUGUGCUUCAGUCAUUGAGUCUCUCGAUUCGAUGCUUACCGAAAGAGUAUCUGAUACGCCUUCUGAUUGUAAAGUGAUUGCCUCGAAACUCGUCAAAUUUGAAGACGUGCAAGAUUCAUCACUCAAUGUGGUUCUUGAUUCCGAUGAUUCGAAUGUGGGAUAUAAAUUAUGGCAUCGAAAAGCUGAUGAGGUGGAAUAUCCAGCGGACCCCACUUGCAGAUUAUUCGCACCGGAUACAAAGUUUCCACUAUCGAAUCUAACUCCCGCCACAGACUACGUUCUCAAGGUCAUUAUCGUCCUCGACAAAGACAGAGAGAUCGGGCCCCACGAGUUUCAAUUCCGAACAAGAACGUCCGAAGAUGAAAUCCCAAAUCUGCCCUCCAAGAGUUCGGAAGUCGAAAGAAGUCAAAGCCCAGCCACCAACUGCAGCAGCCUCUCCAAUCCUUCUUCCGUCGAAGAUGAGACCAACAACAACAACGACAAUAAAACCGAUCUUCCGAGUCAAAGCCAGAAGGGCAAAACGGUAAAUUUACUCGGCAACAAUAAUGAAACGAGCGCCGUUAUCGGCUUGGAGUGCGUCCCUUAUCAUUUUGGUAAAUCCAAAACAGAGUUGCAGCUCACUCCUUGCGCGAAGGACGGGAGUGGAAGGAAAAAUAAACGCAAGGGUAUUAUCGACAUUUCAACCGAGGAGGAGGAGGAGGAAGAGCCGCAGGCCGGGAGCUCGUCGAAGAAGAGGAGCGGAGGAGAGAGGAGAGACGAGGGUUGUAAUAACGGGAUCGGCGACAAGGAUUUCGAGUACUAUGUUAAAGUGAUUCGAAGGUUGGAGUGUGAGGGUUAUAUCGAAACCUCGUUUAGGCGGAAUUUUUUGACUUGGUAUAGUUUGAGAGCGACACCUCAGCUUGUAAGGAUUGUCAAGGUAUUUAUUGAUACGUUCAUUGAAGAUCCGGAGAAUCUUGCGGGGCAGAUUGUGGAUACUUUUUCGGAUGUGGUGUCGAAUAAGAGAUGUUCGAAUUUGGCCUCGGGUUUUUGCAUGAAGCUUUGGCAUUGAGAUAUGUUUUAUUUUUUUUUUAUUUCUUUUAAUUCUUUUGAAUUUAGAAGAUUGUUGAACAAUAUUAUUUAUUGGGAUGGCAUUAUUACCAGUUAGUUGUCACUGUGGGAUCUAUCUUUUCUUGGUUAAAUUUACACAUUCUUUU